GCAAUCCGAGGAGGAGGAGGAGGAGGAGAGAGCAGCCUCCUGCAGCUGGCGAGGAGAAUGGGAGUGCGGGGCGACAGACCGCCGCGGGGUGUCACGGCCGCGGCCGAGCUCGCUAGACGCCGGGCAGGCGCCCGCCGCUUUUAAACCCGGGAGGGCGCGGCGGCGGCAGGAUCGCGGCGCGCGCUGGGCGCCGGGCGGCGGCCGAAUGGAGAGGAAGGGCUCGGCGGCGGGGACCAAGGGGAACCCGAGCCCACCCGUGGCAGGCGAGGCGCAGCGGCCGCCGCCGCCUCUGUGCGUCCCGGGCGGCGGUGGAGGGGCCCCGGCGCGGGGCCAGGCUGGGGCGGCGGCCGAGCCCGCCGAGUUUAUCCGGCGCGCACACGAGUUCAAGAACCAAGGAGCGCAGUGCUACAAGGACAAGAAAUUCCGCGAAGCCAUCGGCAAAUAUCACCGGGCGUUGCUGGAGCUGAAGGGGCUGCAGCCCGCCCCCGGGGAACAGGAGAGGGACUCGCGCGCGGCCUCCCCGGCCGGGGCCUCCAACCCUGGCCGCCUCUCGGAGGAGCAGAGCAAGACAGUGGAAGCCAUCGAGAUCGACUGCUACAACAGCCUGGCAGCCUGCCUGCUUCAGGCUGAGCUGGUAAACUAUGAACGAGUCAAGGAAUAUUGCCUCAAAGUCCUGAAGAAGGAAGGAGAGAACUUCAAGGCCCUUUACCGAUCUGGUGUGGCCUUCUACCACCUUGGAGACUAUGACAAAGCACUCUACUACCUGAAAGAAGCAAGAACCCGACAGCCAACAGACACCAACGUGAUUCGGUAUAUCCAGCUGACAGAGAUGAAGCUCAGCAGAUGCUCCCAGAGAGAGAAGGAAGCCAUGUAACUACAACACUUCUCUCGAGUUGCACCUGCGCCUGACCCUGGACUUCCAGGCACCCCCUGGUGGAGAGCCCCUCCCUGAGUUCUGGUCCUUUCUCCCCACUUCUUCCCUCACCCCCUUCCUACCUCUUCCUCCUGCUGCCCUCCAUUCUGUCUGCUCCCAGUGUGAAAAGAAGCAGAGAUGCAAAUUUGGAAUCUGUUGGGUUACCCUGACAGUGGAGAUAUCCUCUUCUCUAGUAUGUCAGCCACUAGAGAAGUAGGGACCUAACUUCUUCCGGGACAGCUGGGGAGAACACUCACAGGCCAGGAAUGCCAUUGUAGCUUUGACCUUAGCCUGUGCUUCUGAUACAGGCAGAGCCUGGCAGGUGUACCAUCCCAAAGGCAGCAGGCAUGGAGCCCACGGCUUGAUCCUCCUCACCUUCCUGACACACCAGAGUAUCUUAAGGCAACUGUGACAGAUCCAGGGAUGAGACAAACACCAGAAGCGUUGGUUAAGCCAGGAGAGAGACCGUGAAUUUGUACACUGGAUUCCCCCUCACGCUCAGUAACCUCAGCCCCGCCUCCCUCCCUCACUUGUUGUCUUGGCUUGUGCUGUUUUCUAUCCCCCUCGGGGAUCUGAGACUGCCAGGAUUCACAUGCCAUUGAAGCCCACUCUCAGUGCUCUCUGGUGACCACACAUACCAUUCUCCCAUACUCCCACCCAGCAGGCAGCUGUGACAGCAAAAAGGCAGGGUAAAGUGGGCCAAGAGUUGACCACGUAGGUGAUGGGGAAAGGGAGAGUUGGCGUCUAGAGGAAAGAGCAUUGUAUAGACUGGAGGACUGAACUGUGGACUAAUUAAGUAUAAAUAAAAAUAAAUUAACAGGCAGCAGUUCCUGUCAUUUCUGUUGGAAGCAGCCCACUCCCCCACUUCUACUCCCUCCCCCAACUCUCAAUCGGAGCUCCUUACAGCCAGGCAGGAUGGGGCUUCCCCCAAAGCAAUGGGCCAUUUGUUCAGUGGUAUACAAUGUUGGCUGCCGCCUUUGUGCUUUCAGAGUAGGCUGGGAUUGGGGUGACUGCCCAGGAACUUGGCUUUGUGGGACUUUGUGGGACUCGUACAGCCUCUUUUUUGAUGACAUUAUCUGAACUCCAUAUCUAGCACAGAGAAUGUGUUCAACAAAUAUUUGUUGAAUGAAUAAAUUAUGACUGCAGACUGGCUCUCCCGCCUUAAACUAAUUUUAUCCCAGCCUAGUCUCCUGAUAUCUAUGCUCUUUAUGCUAUGCCAUGUUGCUUCAGUCAAAUGAGAAACAUUUCCUGAGAGCUUAUUGUUUGCCUAUUAUUGUGCAAUAUGCUGUGGGACAUAGGAUGUGGUCCCAGUUUUCAAGAAGAUGGAAGAGUUGAGAAAUACUCCUAUGAGAUUAUUACCAAUGACACAUUUAAUUUAUAUGAUGCUUUAAAUUUUUCAAAGCACUUUCAUGUAUUUUUCGUGUGAUUAGUGAAAGAGACAAUAUUGUACAAAUUAAAAUAUAUACAGAUGCAAUAAUGUUAAUAGUUAGCAUUUAUUAAAUGCACUAUCCUCAGAGCUUUACAUGUAUAAUCUCAUUCUUUCAUGCAAUUACCCUAUGAGAUACCAUUCCCAUUUGAUGGAUAAGAAAACUGAAAACCAGAAAGAUUAACUAUCCCAAGGUUGCAUGGCCGUAAGUGGAAUAGCUAGGAUUUGAACCAGGUCUGUCUGACUCUGGAGGUCUAGCUAUUACCAGCUUUAUGGUUAGUUGCUGCUCUAUAAAGUAUUACAAUGAGCAGUUACAACCAUUCAAAAGCAGGACAGUGUGCAUUAAGUUGAAAAGCCUUGACUAUGUCAAUGGUGGUACACGAGCCACCUGUUAUAUUUAAAAUGCCCCAGGCCAAAAAAAAAAAAAAAAAAAAGGUCCCAACACUAGACUCCAGCGGCCAGGGCAGUGAUAGACCAGGAAAAGACAGCUGAGACCCAGCAGCUACUUCUGUGUAUUGUUCAUUCUGCUUGCUGAAGGGUCUAGCACACAUCCAAACAACCCACCUGGCAUUCCUCACCCCAUCCCCACCAUUGGGGAGGAUUCACAAUUAUAGGUAGAGACUAAGAGGAAAUACAAAGUUUAUUAUGGGUUAUUUGUUUAAGCAGAGGCUCCACCACUGCAGAACCCAAUCACUGCUGACAGGCCCAGAAGCCAGCAGCCUGGGGUUAUAUUCACAGAGCUCCUCAAAGGCUUCCUAGGGGACUGUAAGAAGGUGCCAGAAAUAUCCAAGGGCCCACAGUUGCUUGCCUAUAUAGUUCAACCUCUGGAAAAGAGGAAAAGGAAAAAGCUGUUAUAGCUGCCACAUUCUCCUCACCCCUACCAUACCCUUUUCUCUGCCCUCUUCCUCCAAAAUGGUUUCACGUGACCCCAAUUCAAAACCACCCUGCAGCACGCACAGCACAGGCAAACAGGCAAAAACCCUGUUCCCAAGCCUCCAGCCCAGAAAGUUUGUGAGUCGGUGAACUGCUUGUUACCGUAGGUUCUGAAGGAUAAGAUGAGGUCAGAGGUGGCCUGCAGAGCCAGUUCAAACUGGCAGGGACUUCCUUUGGUCUUGCUUUCAGGAAGGACUCAGAGUAAGUAUCCCGAACAUGGAGCAGGAGAGAGGAUUUGCCUCAAAGAGUUGCGUCAGGGCUGGACAGACAGGGAUAAGAUUGUUGCCAUCCUUCCAAAGACAAAGGUUGAAAACCAGAACUAGGUGAAGACAACCUAGCAGGAGCUCACUGUACAAGUGUACAUGCAGGCUGUCUGCUUGUUUGGUGACAGAUUCACAUGCUUAUUGGAACUCCAUUCACUGUGACUCAAAGUUACAUGAUCCCAAGGGAAAAAGCUGCCUGGGGGUAUUUGUUGAUGUUCGGGGUGAGUGGCGAAUUUUCUUUUCCUUUAUCCAACAGAGACCUCAGAGAACUGUUAAAGCAAACUCAGUUCUGUUCCCCUUACCAAACCUUCAGCUUCCUUCUCCCCCAUCCCUCCCCAAAGCAGGGACCCUCAUUUACAUGCUUUGUUUGCAGAUGUCACUGCUGAACUCUACCUGGGGAACUAAACCUGGAUUUGACCUGCUUUGUCAUCUCCGGCUUGGAUUUUUGUGGUAGACUCUUCGGAGAAAAAAAAUUAUACUUUUCCUGUAAUUAUUAUGAAAGUCUCACAUGUGUAAUUAUAGAAUUUUAGUGAAGAAAAA